UGCAGAACUAGUCAAAAAAGUGCUGAUAACAUCCAAUCUCCCCAAAGAUGCUUGGUCUUACGAUCAGCUCGGCUACUUGUUCAAAGAGAGAUUUAUGGGAAAAGGUCUCGUUUCGGAGACUGAUCACGAAAAGUGGAAAUCUAAACGGCUGGCAAUCAAUCCUGCAUUUCACAAGAAGUAUUUAAAGGAACUUAUGGAACAGUUUAACGCGAGUUGCGAUGUUUUUUUGGCAAGAUUGACUGAAUUAGCUGAUGGCAAAACUGAGGUGAAAAUGGCAGAUGAGUUUAACAGAAUAACUUUGGAUAUAAUCGGGAAGGUGGCAUUUGGAAUUGAUCUAAAUGCAGUCAAUGAUCCUGAUUCCUUGUUCCCAGCGGCCAUCAAGGAGUGUUUAGUUGCCCCAGUUUGGUGUUUAUCCCAUCCUCUUCAUGCUAUUGACUUCACCACCUAUGGCUACCAAAACACUGUGGUGGCAGCAGUUCAUUUCUUACGAGAUACUGGCAAGAAAAUCAUGGAUGAGAGAAGAAAAGCAAUAUUAAAUGGAGAUGAUGUUCCAUCAGAUAUUCUUACUUAUAUCCUUAAGUCAGCUCCUGAAGAUACUCAGUUGGACUAUGAAGAAGUGUUGGAUCAUUUUAUCACAUUUUUCAUUGCAGGCCAGGAAACCACUUCAGCAGCUUUGUCCUUCAUGUUGGCUGAAGCUGCAAAAAAUCCUGAAGUCGAGAACAAGUUAGUUCAAGAGGUUGAUGAUAUCCUUGGUUCUCGUCAGUAUGUUUCAUAUGAUGACCUUGGCAAACUUAGCUACACAGGUCUUGCCAUGAAAGAAACACUUCGGCUUCACCCUAGCGUCCCUGGUUUCACAAGAGUUAUGGAUAAGGAUGGUGAAUUAGGAGGCCAUAGAAUACCAGCAGGAACAUUGAUAAAUAUUGGGGUGUUUACUUUACACAACAGUCCCAAGUAUUGGAAUGAGCCUGAGAAGUUCAAUCCUGAACGCUUUUCAACCUUAAAUGAUGAAAAUGAAGCAGGACACUCACACUAUGCCUACAUUCCGUUUUCACUUGGCCCAAGGCACUGCAUCGGUCAAACAUUUGCUGAAUUUGAGUUCAAAGUACUCAUGUCGCGGUUUGUGAAGUCAUUCAAGUUCAAACUGGUUCCUGGACAGGAUUUGAACUAUGAAGAACCCAAGACAACAUUAUCACCUAAGGACAAGAUUCGUUGCACUUUGACUUUGCGUUGAUUGUUGUAAACUGAACACUGUUAACAUGCACGUUUGAUUUAUGCAAUUGAAAAUGUAAUUAUGGUAGGGACCUGGAGUUCUCAGGACUGAAAAAGCAGAGUAUUAAAAUUUCUAAAGAGAGUACCAGUCACUUGUGUCAGCAAUAUUCACACUGUCUUACAGAUUUAUUUACAUACAAUCUCUUUUAAUACGAGUACAGUCAUCUUCAACAGAGCAAAAACUGUCUGAUAUCUGAGGCUUAAUUCAGUAAUUGAUACAAAUCAAAAAAACAGGUAAUUUCUAUUAUCCUUGCAUGUUCAUGUACUCCUGUUGCUCCUAGUUUGCAUUGAGCAUUAAUCAUUAUGGAGAUUUUUU